AUGGAGUGGCUCAAAUCGGUUCACUUUUAUCGCAAGGUGCCAGCGGAUCUUACGGAGGCGACCCUCGCGGGAGGCACCAUCUCUCUCCUCUCGUCGCUCGCCAUGGCCUACCUCUUUGUCUCCAACUUUCGCAGCUUUUUGCAGAUCGAGACAGUCACGAGCGUGCGGCUCGAUGAGUCACAGGAGAAGAAGAUCCAGAUCAACUUCAACGUGACGCUGCACCACCUGCCCUGUCGCUUCGCCUCGGUAGACAUCGCCGACGUGAUGGGCACACACCUGCAGAACGUAUCCGCAAACAUCUCGGAGGUGGGCGGGGUCGGCGAGGGCUGCCUUGUCAAGGGAGUGGUGCUCGUCAACCGCGUGCCUGGAAACUUCCACAUCUCGGCCCACUCCAAGGCCCACUCGUUCCAGCCCGGACAGCUCAACAUGACGCACGAGAUCGGCCGCAUGACCUUCGGCCGCCCCCUCACGCCGGCCAUGCUGCGGCUCCUGCCCGACGACGUUGCCGCAGCGCACGACGUGCUCGCCCGCACGCUGCACGUGGUGCACACCUCGCACGUGCUCGGCCGGCGGCAGAUCGACACGUACCAGUACACCGCAAACUCGAACAACUACCAGGACGGCGGCUCGCUCCCGUCGGCCGUCUUCUCGUACGACAUGUCGCCGAUGCAGGUGCUGGUGCAGACGGAGCGCAAGUCGCUGGCGUCCUUCCUCACGCAGCUGUGCGCCAUCAUCGGCGGCGUGUUCACCGUCACGGGCCUCGUCGACGGCGUCGUCUACCACGGAAGCGCCACGCUGAAGCGCAAGAUGCAGCUAGGCAAGAUCGUAUGAGCGUGCCUUGCGGCGCGGACCGUCUGCUCAGCGCGAGUGAGACGGGCGGGGAGGGUACCGCAGGGGGGAGGGGCGGCAGCUGGGAGUGACGAGUGGGGAUCGCACUAUGUGCGACGAGAUAAUCUAAGAUACGCGCCUGCCCCGCCGCGCCCCGCCUCACUCGCGCCUCUGGAAAUUCAGUACCGCAAUACGAGCUUGGAGUGUGAAGGCUUCGUAGCCCUCCGAUCUACUA